AUGGAGGACUUCUCUUCUUUCAUUGACAUAAUAGAGGUGGUUGAUCUUCCAACUGUUGGGAAUCAAUUUACUUGGUUCAGUACUAAUGGGAGAUUAAAGAGUAGGCUUGAUCAUUUCCUUGUUUCUGAAGGCAUCAUUGAUAAAUGGAAACAUGUAGCACAAGAAAUUGGGAAUAGGGACGUCUCUGAUCACUGUCCUAUUUGGAUCAAAAGAAGCAAUGUCUCAGGCAUGAGGGCAUUCACUUUGAAAGAAAAAUUUAAAUUACUCAAGGCUGAUCUGAAGAAGUGGAACAUAGAGGUUUUUGGAAUCACUGGCCUCAAGGUUGACAAUGCUAUUGAGGACCUAAGCAAGCUUGACUGCAUCAACAGUUCAAUCUUCCACCAAUUUGCUUGA